AGAUGCUGGAUUACCUUUACCAGGAGGUGCAAUUGGGUUGUCACCAUGGGUAGAUUUGACUCAAAGCAUGCCAUCAUUUUGGGAUACCAAAAUAGAUAAAGUCGACUAUUUUCCUAAAACAUUAGGUCUUCACAAAAUUGUAUCUUCAUCACAUACCACAGAAUAUAUCGCCAAUGCUAAGGUUUUAGCUGAUAAAAUUGCACAAAAAAAACCUAGAAUAGUUAGUCAUCCUUCUUUCACCGAAGUACCUCGUCUUCAAUUUUAUUGUGCUAAUGAAGCAUUAGCAAUCCCUUACAUUAGGCAAUCCCUUGGAGAUUUACCACCUAUCUUAUGUCAAGUUGGAGGACAUGAAAAACUUCAUGAUGAAGCAAUCUUAUUUAGCCACAAAGCUGCAAAUCCUCAAGAAUAUCAAUUACCUUUAUAUGCAACUAAAAAUUUUGAUAAAUCACCCUUUAAAAAUCCUACUAACGUUAUACUUGAAGUUUAUGAUGAUAUGCCUCAUGCCUGGCAUAUUUUUUCAUUUUCUAAACCCUCUCAAAUAGCACUUGAACGUUGUGGUGAUUUUAUAAAACGUGUUAUUACUUCUAUAGGAGGUGAUAAUGCCUCUAUGAUUGAUCUUCUUCAAGAAGAGGUAAUUCCUUAUUCCCAAUCAUCAUCACUUGUUUCAAUGAGAAUUAACAAAAAUGGUGAGGUCAGAGAUUUAGAUGAAACAGAUAGGGAUUGUUUGAAAUGGGAUAAAAUUGGUAUAGUACCCAAAGUUUUAUAA